GUUUUUUCAGGCCAACGAGAGAUGACCGUGGGUGGAUUGUUAACCCAAUAGGUACCAACCCCUGGUGGACGGUGUUAGCAGCUACAAUCCCUGCUUUGCUCUGUACCAUACUGAUAUUCAUGGACCAGCAAAUCACUGCAGUUAUUGUGAACAGAAAGGAACAUAAACUACAGAAAGGAUGCGGCUAUCACUUGGACCUCCUCAUGGUGGGCGUCAUGCUGGGAGUGUGCUCCAUCAUGGGGCUGCCUUGGUUCGUUGCCGCGACUGUCCUUUCUAUCAGUCACGUGAACAGCCUGAGGCUGGAAUCCAGCUCAGCAGCUCCUGGAGAACAGCCUAAAUUCCUGGGCAUACGGGAGCAAAGAGUCACUGGGCUCAUGAUCUUUGUGCUGAUGGGUAUCUCUGUUUUUAUCACCGGUAUAUUACAGUUUAUACCUAUGCCUGUCCUGUAUGGAGUUUUCCUAUACAUGGGUGUUUCUUCCCUGGGAGGAAUCCAGUUCUUCGACCGCGUGAAGCUGUUCGGCAUGGCUCCUAAGCACCAGCCGGACUUCAUCUACCUGCGGCACGUCCCCUUGCGAAAAGUUCAUCUCUUCACGGUGAUCCAGCUGACCGCCCUCAUCGUGCUCUGGGUUGUCAAGGCAACGCCUGCAGCUAUCAUUUUUCCUAUGAUGGUUUUGGCGUUGGUUUUCGUCCGGCAGGUCAUGGAUUUGUGUUUCUCCAAGAGGGAACUGAGCUGGCUCGACGAUCUCAUGCCAGAGAGCAAGAAGAAAAAACUGGAGGAUGCCAAAAACAAAGCAAAAGCGGAAGAGGAGUCUGAGAAGAUGUUGGAAAACGGCCAACAGACUGUGAUUGAAAUACCAGUCGUGAAUACAAAUUAUCUGACCGUGCCAGGAACUGAAUCAAUGACACGCAAUAGUUCAUCAAGAAAUAACAACAGGUAACAAUACCAACAAUAGCAGCGUCUUCCAGGAAGCCUUCACAACUUAGACCUACUGG